AUGACUUCUCGCGAACGAAACAACUGCUCAGAGGACGAACAGCAGCUCGAAGUCGGCGAAUUGGUAAUCGUUUCCCUUUCAAUUAUGUCUUUCUUCGUCUCAAAUACUUCUUCAACGUUAACAGCGCUGAAACUCUUGCCGAUUUAUGUCCGUCCUUCGAAGCAAAGGUGCUCACUCAAGAGCUUGCAGAGUGAGUACAAACCAGGUAUCACCAAAAUCGCGACACUGGGCUCAAAGCGACGGAACUAUUCAAUUCUUUGUCAUAUCUUGCAGAAUUCUGUGUUUGUCAAUCCUCAAUGCCGAGCAAUCACGUCAUCCCUAGUAGUAGACAUUUCCGAAGGCUUCGCUCACACUGUGAAUGGUGGAAAUACAGGAUCGCCAUCCCCAGACCCCCCACAACAUAGUUGCAAGCAAGCAAACGAUGCAUCCCCAUCCCGCCGGCUUCUUGGGGCAAACUGCAAUAUCUUUACGCAUAGACGUUUUCCGAAGCCUUGCCCCCGCGUUCUCGCGUCCAAACUGCAGAUGGAGAAAGCGGCUUCUUCGGAGCCAGGGCCCGAGACCCGCCAGAAUGCUUCCGACCCCCACCAGCCAGACCGGUUCGAGGAAAGGCGCAUUUCCUGCGCAUCCCACCCCCGCACGGAUCUGGAGAACUUCCCCGAGCGGAUGGCGGCCACCACGCAGGGUCUCUCGACAACGACAUCCGUAGCUGACACCGGUGCGAAUCCGGAUGACUACCCCGAAGGUGGGAGGCAGGCCCUCAUUGUACUCUUCGGGGCCUGGUGCGUUCUGUUCUGUACUUUUGGCUUGGGAAACAGCAUUGGCGUCUUUCAAACGUACUAUGUGACCGAUGCCCUUCGCGAGUACAGUUCAUCCACCAUAUCAUGGAUUACGAGCUUUAUGCAAUGGACUUUGAACUUCAUGCCCAUCGUCUGGGGAUUUGCCUUUGAUAAAUGGGGUCCACGGUGGCUUCUCAUCUGUGGAUCGAUAACCUACGUCUUUGGCAUAAUGAUGGUCUCCCUUGGGUCCGAGUACUUCCACUUCUUCCUCGCCCAAAGCAUCGUCUGUCCCAUCGGCGCCAGCGCUGUAACGAGCGCGAGCAUGUCAUGCCUCGUAACAUGGUUCCAUCGUCGUCGUGCAACUGCUUUCGGCAUCAUGAUGUCUGGGUCCUCUGUCGGGGGCGUCAUUUUGCCAAUCAUGAUCCCGCGAAUGAUUGAGAGUGUCGGGUUCCCGUGGGCGAUGCGUGCCGUUGGCUUCAUGUUUCUCUCUCUUCUGGCAAUCGCGUGCUUCACCGUAAGGUCCCGCCUGGCACCUCAAACGAAGCCCGUGGACAUGAAGGAGUACUUCCGGGGCAUUCGGGAACCUACAAUGAUGUCCACUGUCUUCGGUCUUUUCUUAGUCUUCUGGGGUCUAUUUGUUCCCUACGCCUUUGUUAUCUUGCAAGCCAAGGCGCAGGGUAUGGACGACGGUUUGGUCAUCUACUUGCUGCCCAUCAUGCAUGCCGUAGGCUUGAUCGGGCGUGUCAUUCCAGGCCUAGUAGCCGACAAAAUAGGCCGCUACAACAUCAUGAUCAUCCUCGCCACCCUCACCGGCAUCGCGUGCCUGGCCCUCUGGAUCCCAAUCAAGAGCAACGCCGGCAUCCUAGUCUUCACAGCGGCCUUUGGCUUCCUCUCGUCGGGGCUGACCUCCAUCGGUCCGACGCUGAUUGCCCAGAUCUCAGAUAUUCGAGAGAUUGGCGCCAGGACUGGCACGGCUUUCGCGUUCCAGUCGUUUGGGGCGCUUACGGGGAGUCCGAUUGCGAGUGCGAUUGUCGAUGCGCGGGGAGGGGAUUAUUUGGGUCUGCAGCUGUUUUGUGGGUUUUCUAUUCUUGCUUCGGCGGGGGUGUUUGCUUCGGCGCGGUACGUUCAGGCUGUCAUUGUUUUGCAUAGGGCAUCCUUAGGUGGACGCGUGGGGUAA